UAUUUAUCCACGUGUGUUGUUGGGGCAUCUCUUGAAAACAUAGGAGGAGAAGAGGAGGAGGAAGAUGAAAGUAAUUCAGCUGCUGAAGUUUCUAGUAGGCCAAAGGAGGGAGUCUACCAAAUAGUGGGUACUCUUUCUAAACCAGAGAGUACUAAACCAUGUUUUGCAGAGGAAACAUAUGCCGUCGCUUCUCGAAAAGAGCUCUUAAGUCAUUUGCUUGAGUGUGAGAUUGUUUUGUAUAAUAUCACUGAGGAUGCAAAUCAAAUUGAGGAAGCAACAUGGGCUGCUUCUGCCCUACAUAUGGAAGCAGAGCAUUUUAUAACACCAAAAUUAUUCAUCCUCAUUUCAACAAUAAUGAGCUGGGCAAAAAGCAAACCCCCUGACCCUGAAGAUCCUGACAUUCCUUUUACUGAUGAAGAUUAUCGCAGAAGAAAAUCUCAUCCUAACUUUAUGGAUCACAUAAAUGCUGAAAAACUCAUUCUCAAGCUUGGGAAAACUAACAAACAUAAAUUUUCAACUUAUGUUGUUGCCUCAGGACAUCAAUAUGGAGCUGGGGAAGAAGUCUUGCACUACUUUUUUAAGAUAGGUUGGCUUAGUGAGACUCCUGCAAUACCUGUUUUUGGAGAUGGAAACAAUUUUAUCCCAACCAUUCAUGUUCUUGAUUUAGCAGCAGUGUUACAAAAUGUAGCAGACCACAGGCCAAGGUCUCACUAUAUACUUGCAGUAGAUGUAUCUAUGCACACGCUUCAAGAAUUAAUAAAGUGUAUCAGUAAAAAUGUUGGACCAGGAAAAAUUGAGAAGAUUCCAAAAGAAGAUGCAUUCCUGAGCAAAGAGUUAACACAAAUGCAUUUGGAUAUGUUGCUUGUGAACCUGCGAAUGGAAUCUAUGUUUCUGAAAGAGACUUUCAACAUUAAGUGGGUUGCUCAGGCAGGACUGGUGGAGAACAUUGAACAAAUCGUCAAGGAAUAUAAGCAAAGUCGAGGAUUACUGCCUCUCAAAGUUUGCAUUCAUGGUCCUCCUGGGGUUGGCAAAUCUACCAUUGCUGAAGAGCUCUGCAAACACUACAAGCUACAUCACAUUAAGAUAAAUGAUUUGAUUUCUGAAACAAUAGCAAAUCUGGAGAAAAUUGUGGCUUCUAAAGAACUGGACUCUGACAGUGUGGGAGAGGAGGAAGAAAGUGAUGAAGAGGAGCAGGGUAAAAAUGUAGAAGAAGCACAUGAGUUAUUAGCUGGAACAAAAGAAAGCAUGGAGCAGAAUGCAG